CGGGGCAGGCUGAGGAGUGGGAGCCUGGGCCAUGGAACCUACAGAGAAGCUCUGCAGGAAAAUGCGGGGCCAGGAAGCUGGUGACAAGCCCAGAACUACUGCGCUGGAGACAGAGAAACCACUGGAGGAUUCUGCCCUACCUAUCCAAGGUGACCAAGACAAGCAGUCCUCACUCCCCAGGGUUGGCUUGGGAAAGAGGCCACUGUCAAAGACCUCCGGGAAGUUAAUGGAUGCUGGCACCUGCAGAGUGCACGAAGCUCCUGUACCAGAUACAUGCAGUCCUCAACCCCAGGAAGAAGGUUCUCUCUCAGAGAAAAAGGCAGAGACAGUGAAGCCAUCCAUUGCUGCAAUCCCUGGCCAAGCUUCUAGUCCCCUUAAUGCUCGAGAGGGAGACCUGAAGAAAGAAUCUUUAGAAGUGACCUGUCAAUUUCGGAAAAAGACUCGAACCCUGUACCGCUCAGACCAGCUAGAAGAACUGGAGCGAAUAUUCCAGGAAGACCACUAUCCUGACAGUGACAAACGCCAUGAGAUUGCCCAGAUGGUGGGGGUGACACCCCAACGAAUCAUGGUGUGGUUUCAGAACCGCAGGGCAAAGUGGCGAAAAGGGGAGAAACUGAAUGAGAAGGAAAAUAAGAGUGGUCCUGCAGCCCCCAGUGCUGACAGCAGCCAGUGCAGAUCUGCUCCUGAGCUCCUGGAUCCGAUGCCUACAGACUUAGAACCUGGACCUGUUCCUCCAGAGAACAUUCUGGAUGCCUUUCCUGAGCCCCCCAUGCUGCUGACUUCUGACAAGACUCUCACCCCCUCUCAGCACAAUGAAGGUGCUGAGAGAGUGGCAGUGACUCCACCACUCCUCAGCCCCCCACCUAUUCAAAGAACCAACCUUCCUCUGGAUCCUGUUCAAAUACCUCAAGUGCUGCCUCCACUCAGGGACAUUCCUGUCAGUGAUGACAUAUACAAGGACAAGGCCUGUGGGUCCUGGGGCACUAGUAUCGCCUCACUGCCCACCUACUCAAAUUUGGAAGACCUGGGGCCUCAGGAUUACCAAGCGAGCAGCCAGUUGGGUUCAUUCCAGCUCUCCCAGGCUCCACAGCCACCCCCUUUCCUAUCCCUUCAGCCCCAGAUUCCGUAUCUGCCUCCCUUCCCUUUUCCCACCCCAAGCUCGCUGCCGUUUCUACCACCAGAAGACUCUCUUUUUUCAUUUCCUUUUGGCCUCAGUGGGGACUCCUGGCAGGAUUAUUGUCCAGGGCCCCCACCAGGUCAGAUCUUGCUGCAGCCACCUGCUGGAAACAUGGGUACAGGACCCUGGAGAGGCCGUUGUUUGCCAGAACCUCCCUUCCCUCAUCCACACUACCCACAGCCUCUGGGACACCCCCUAGGGGUAGAGGGCUACUCUCCUGACCUCUUUCCAAUGCCAUGUGCUCCAACUAUGAGCAACCAGCCUUCAUUAGGCCUCAAUGAAGGCACUAGACCAGAGACAGAGUCCUCACAAAACAAAAUGCCAGAUGAGCAGACUUCCUCUUCCCUUGAGCAGCCCACACCAGAGGAAGUCAGGGACAAAAAUAAGACUAGCCAUGCCACUGGAGCUAAAGAGUAAAAAGGUUUUAUUGGAGGCCUGGGAGUCAGAGGAGGAGAACAGCACUGAAAGAUCUGAGAGGCUAUGGACUGACCUGCUAUGGAGGCUCACAGUCUGUCCAGCCUGGGCUUAGAGAAGAAAGAGUUGACUUCACAAUUUCCCCUUUACCCAUUAGGAAUUGAAAAGAAAGAAGGAUCAUGUUACUCUAAAUGUUACAUGUGGUAUUACUUCUAUCCUAGACAGUGUAUGCAAUAAAACAGUAACUAUUGGGUGAUUGGUUUUGUGACUGA